AUGUCGAAUGCCAAGGAGAGAGUCUUCCAUGCAGCGAACCUGGAUGCCGUCAAUGCUGCCCAUCCUCACAUGGACGAUCCACGGUUCCUGUCCUUGACCAACCAGUCCAACAAUUGCAUUCUGCGAUUCACGGUUUUCGCCCGUUGUGCUCGUGAGCUCGGGGAGGAGGACACAAGGUGCAAGUACCAGUACUACCGAGCUCAAUGCGCUUGCCCAGAGUCUCAGCUCGAGGAUUGGAUGGAGCACCGUGCGCGCGGGUCUUGCCACCUGGACGUCUUGCCAGAUCGCAGCACUGUGCACUGCAAGCAAUGA